GUAGCACAUUGUGGCUCAAGUGACUGCAUAGGCUUCGAGUUUCGGGCACCCUGUACCUCUUUUUUUGUUUUUCGCAGACUGCGAUGCCUGUGCCAGGAGACUCGUUUUUGAAGGUUUCUCUAUACAAGCCUGGUUCGAAAGGCUCGGUCCUGGUAUCGUUCUCUGAGAGUGUGCCGCACGUGCGGGAGGUGAGAAACGACCAGCAGGAGAUGAACAGACGAACUCGGUCUCGAUUGUGCCUUCAGAAGUGCCUCGACCACAUGAUAAAAUUUCCUGACGCGGCGCCCGACGUGUGGAAUAACAUACAAGCGGGCCUCGCAGGUGACAGCGUCGAGCAGUGCAUUGAGAAGCAGCAAGCGCAGGAGACAUCGCCCACGGACGCGCUCAAGGAGGCUGCGCCCGCGUUCGGCAAGCUCGACAAGUCCGUGCUCGCGCCCAUCCUGGGCGCCAUGCCAGGCGGUCCAUCUUCGACGCUCCUCGACGCCAUGGACGACAAGGAUAAGCACGCAGUGGCAGAUGGAUUCGGCAUAGUCUUCCAAAUCUCUAUGAAAGAUAAGGUGCCACAAGAGUGCAGGACCGAUGUGACCGUCUUCGUGAACACCAUGAAGUUGUGCCUGGCGGGGAUUGGUUUCGACGUCGCCCACUGGUUCGAGAAGAGCGUAGGCGUCGACGGCACUGUCGGCUGGUCAGCGCUCCCUUUGUACGGCCUGCAGUACGAGAAUGGCCGCUUGGCCAAGAUCACGCACGUGAGUGGUGACAUCGCAUGGGCCCCCGCCCACGUGACCAUCUCGUCGAGCAUCCCGCUGAGCAGCGCGUCGUCGAUCGACGAGGCCCACCCGCUGGUGGGCGAGAACCCUUUGAAGGCCGCCUCGUACUUUCCAGCGGGGAGUGGGCCUAGGCCUCACAAGUGCCGCCUGGACAAGAAAGGCAAUCAUCUUCAGGGUUUGUGCAAGAUCGCCGUUGACGACCUGGAUGCAGCCAAGGAGAAGUUCAGCGCCAUCGCCGACGCUCCCGAACUGGUGACCUUGCAGACUCGCAGCAAGCGCCAGCGUGACGAGGCGCUGGAGAAAGCACGGGCUGAUCGUGCUGCUGCGCCCAAGGUGAGGCGCCAGCUUACGUAUUCAACAUAGCUCCUGCAUGUAAUUAAUUAUUACCGUAAUCUUUGCAAUCCAGUUGCCUCGGGAUUUGAGGCCCCCGAUGCCGGUGGCGCCGACGCAGGUGCCCUUGGGGCGCGUGCGCUGGCGCGCGCGCACUUCUUCAGGCUUGCACGCAUAGAGUUGCCAAGAGUAUGUCGCCCUCAUUUUGCUCACCUCGUCUUCGCCCCCUUCCCGUCACAGGCUUCCCAGGACUUUGGAGAGU